UUCCUAGGCAUUACUAAGAAAAAGCUCGGUGUUUGUGGCUGGAUCCUGUUCUCCCUAUCUUUACUGCUGAUGAUCAUUACCUUCCCCAUCUCCAUAUGGAUGUGCUUGAAGAUCAUUAAGGAGUAUGAACGUGCUGUUGUAUUCCGACUGGGACGCAUCCAAGCUGACAAAGCCAAAGGUCCAGGCUUGAUUCUGGUCCUACCCUGCAUAGAUGUAUACAUCAAAGUUGAUCUCCGAACUGUUACUUGCAACAUUCCUCCACAAGAGAUCCUUACCCGAGACUCUGUGACUACUCAGGUGGAUGGUGUCGUCUAUUACAGGAUCUAUAGUGCUGUGUCAGCAGUGGCGAAUGUCAACGAUGUCCACCAAGCCACAUUUCUGCUGGCUCAGACCACUCUGAGAAAUGUCUUAGGGACACAGACUUUGUCCCAAAUCUUAGCUGGCCGAGAAGAGAUUGCCCACAGCAUCCAGACCUUACUUGAUGAUGCCACAGAGCUGUGGGGAAUCCAUGUAGCUCGCGUGGAAAUCAAAGACGUCCGGAUUCCAGUGCAGUUGCAGAGAUCUAUGGCAGCUGAAGCAGAGGCCACACGGGAGGCCAGAGCCAAGGUCCUUGCAGCAGAAGGAGAAAUGAAUGCUUCCAAAUCUCUCAAGUCAGCCUCCAUGGUACUGUCAGAAUCCCCCGUAGCUCUGCAACUUCGAUACCUGCAAACGCUGGCCACUGUGGCCACUGAGAAGAAUUCCACUAUUGUGUUUCCUCUACCCAUGAACAUACUCGAGGGCAUUGGUGGUAUUAGUUCUAACAACCACAAGAAGGUUCCUAAUAAAGCCUGAGGUCCUCAGAUAUAGCCAGCCCAUUGCCUAGGCAGUCUAAUCUAUAGCUCACAAGCACCUAACAGUUAGAAGAACACAACACAACUCAAGCACAGUAACUC